GACACUCGCAUUUUGUGAUAUUCGUCCAGAAUAUCAUCAUACUCAAGAGCCUGUUGUGAUAUCUCGCUCAGUUCUCCCUCAGGGAUAAUCCGUCUCUGAUCUUCCUGUACUGUGCUCGAGUAUUUCUCCCCCGAUCUCGCCGUCCCUUUUCAUCCCCACCCCCUGCGGGUCCCGGCAUUCGCCUUGCUGUUUCCCAGCAGUGCAUUAAUUGAUUUGUGUCUCUCGCUGUGCUCGAGUAUCGCAGUUGGGGGAGAGUGGGAGGAAAGAGAGGAAAAAAAAGGGGGGAAAGGAAAGUAGGGGCCACCCUGCAGUGGUCGAGCAGCUACCUAGGUUAUCAUACCGUGAUCCUCACCCAUCACCACGAGACACUCACGUUACUCCCCAAACCGCCCCCUCACCCUCCUAUCAAGUUACCUCCCCACAUCCAUUAUUCCCUCCAUACAGUACCGUACCAGUACACCUACGCACUCACACACCAGAAAGACCAACAAACACACCACUCCCACCACCACCACCACCACCACUUGGAUCUCCCCCUAUUAUUAUUAUUACCAUUUUCCUUCCCACACGCAUACCUACAUAAUUUGUGAGGACCCGGCUAUUCGUAACCAUGGGGAAUAACCCCUCCCGAACAUCUGCCCAGCCGCAGCAGCAACAGCACCACCACCACCAACAUCAUCACCUCAACCAGCAGCACUCCACCCCUACCUCACCCCCGAUAGCAAAUGUCCCCGCCCGUGCCGCAUCAACCUCAUCAUCUCGGACAACAAUCAACCGCCGGAAUAGUCUUCAGCCGGCACCAUCGAAGCACACCAGCGCCUCGACCUCUGUGCCCCCAGAGGACCCCCUCCCCCGCAAUGAACCUGCGAGCGCUAUCGAAGCGCGCUACAUACCCCAGGGGCGACGUGAGAGCAUCGCAGAGGCAAUCUCAUCCGUGCCAUGGACUAUCAUUCAUACUACUCCGCGGCCAACCCCUGGCUUUGACGACGAGGACGCGUUGACUUCUCCGACCCUUCGAAAAUUGCAGACGGAAAACAGCACUCCCACUGCGGCCGGAGAGGAUCUCCCUUCUCGAGUGGGCACCCCACUGUCCGCCGGACCGCAUGCCGAUCCUUUGACCAAGAGAGGGAGCAUGGGAUCGACUACCACCGUUGACGAUGAAGAAGUAGAUGUUGCCGAUACGAGAACAAUCCCCACACUCGUCCAAUGGUUGCAGGGCGGUCACAAAGUAUAUGUUACGGGCACAUUUUCCAAUUGGCGGAAGAGGUUUAAAUUGAAUAGGAGCCCAGACGACGAGACGCUGUCAGCAGUCGUACCCCUCCCGCCAGGCACCCACCACUUGAAAUUUUUCGUUGAUGGGGAGAUGCGAACAUCCGAUAACCUUCCUACAGCAGUAGACGACACAGGAAUCCUAGUGAACUACCUCGAGGUGAACGCCGACGACAUGCCCCCACUCGACCGCCAACACUCUCCACCGUCGCCAUCAGGCUCCACGCAUCACCCUCACGCUUCGGCAAAUCUCCUCUCGAACCUGUCAAAGAAAAAGAAGCGAUACACAAAGGAGAUACCCGCCUACCUUCGCGAUUUUGACGAUGGCGGGGAAGAUGGUCACAGGAUUGGGAAUGAAGAUGGGGAUAUUCCGGCGCCGCCCAGCCUACCGAUGAUGUUACAGAAGGUUAUCCUGAAUACGAGUUCUGCAAUGAAGGGUGACGCGAGUGUGCUCGGGAUACCGAAUCAUGUGGUUUUGAACCACUUGGCUACCAGUUCUAUCAAGAAUCAGGUUUUGGCGGUUAGCGCUACCACGCGAUAUCGGAAGAAGGCAUUCCCCCUGUCCCUUUCCUCCGCCAAAUUUUUUCUUCUCUAUUAUUUAGCAGAAUCUAAUUUUUCCCUUUUCCCCUUUGAUAGUACGUUACGACGAUACUGUAUAAAUCAACAACGGAAUGAUAAUGGUGACGGAGGCUGUAUUUUUAUUAUUUUUUAGCUUUCUUUCUUUCUUUUUUUUUUUUUCUUCCUUAGUUCUUAAAAUGGCUACACUGUACUGUACGGGAAAGUGAACGACCGGGGAAAAAGGCAAUCACUAGGAAAUCUUAGGCCCAAAUAUUAUCAUUAAGAGGGGCCGGGGGACAAGGGAGGGGGACCAAUGCAUGUAUUCAAAAUAC